AUGAGACUGGUUAAACUCGUUAAUACAUUUGUGCUUUAAUAUAAACUAGUAAUCACUUCUCCCUUGGUACCGCGCGAACAACAUUAUGAUAUCCUCAAAACACCUAUUCCCUUUAGGUUUCUUCCUUAUCUUCCUCUUCCCUCUCCGACACGCCUCUAAAAAAUGUUCAUCUUCUUUUUAUAUACCACAUAGAUGCGGACCCUUAGAAGCCCCCAUCCGUUUCCCUUUAUGUGACCAUGCAGGAUUCAAUCUCCACUGCACCGAUCUCAAUAAGACCGUCCUAGAACUUCCAAUGUCUGGAACAUUUCUUGUCCGUAAUAUCGACUAUUACAAGCAACAAAUUUAUAUCAGUGACCCCGAAAACUGUUUGGCUAAACGGCUUUUAACGUUCAACAUGUCAGGAUCUCCUUUCUCUAGUCGCUUCAGUAUCUUCUACACGUUCUUUUCUUGUCCUAAUGAUGUCGUCUUGCCCUUUUCAUAUCGGUCCAUUCCUUGCUUAAGCAAUUCUACCUCAUCCUUCUAUGUCACGACUAAUUAUGCUUUUGUAGAGAUUAUGUUUCCUUCUUGUCAGAUCGUGAAGAGAUUACAUGUCCCAUCACCGUUUGGAGAAAUAGAAUUCUUGAGUUACGUCGGCAAUGAAAGCCUCAUGCUUGAAUGGCUCUCACCAAAUUGUAGAAGUUGUGAAAUGGAAUACUUGAGAUGUGGGUUCAAGAAAAAGUCAUCCCUCGAAGUCAAAUGCUUUGGUUCUAAAGAACCCGGUCACUUGAGUAGUGGAGUGCUAACCGUAAUUAUAAGUUUCUCCAUAAUCGGAGCAGUCACCCUCUUUGGAACUUGUAUUGCUAUCCGCGUCUACAAUUCCCCAAGACGAGGACAUUCGGCUAUUGCAGCAGCAGCAACGGUAUGGCAGCAACCAAGAGAGGUUAUGGCGGCGGUGAGGGGUCUUGACCAGUCUACAAUAGAAACGUACAAGAAAGUUGAGUUGGGACAAAGUAGAAGGCUUCCAGGAACUAAUGGUAUUAUAUGUCCGAUUUGUUUAUCGGAAUAUGCGAGCAAAGAAACCAUACGGUUCAUGCCGGAGUGUGACCAUUGCUUCCACGUGGAAUGUAUUGAUGUGUGGCUCAAGAUUCAUGGUUCAUGCCCUCUUUGUCGGAACUCGCGCAAGUGAAAGAAAGAAUAAUGGACUUGCAGUAUAAAACUGAUUGGAGAAUGAGUAUAAUAACCUCAUGAUCAUUUGUAUUAUAUAGUGUUGGUAACAUUCAUAAUACUUUAGAUGUUUGGAUCCUAACAGGUGCUUGUGUGAAUAAGAAGUGUCUUAGCCUUACAAGGAAUGCCACUGGUUUUGAUAAACAUAUUAAAUGUUUCUAUGAAGUGAGGACGUAUGUUAUGAUUAAAGAUUUAAUUAAUUGAUAUCGUUUUGAUUUUGUCACAUUUUCUUAUCCGAGUAACCGUUGUUUUCCAGUGCAUAUAAGAAUGUGAGCAUGUCUGCACCAGAUUAAUCGAUUCAUGGCUUAAAAUGCACAUGGUUUAUGUCCGUAAUCCGUAUGGAAAAUUUUCUUUUCAGGCAUGCACUAACCCCAGCCACAAACCCUAUGAAUAUCAGAACUAACGAUGUGCAAUGACAGCAAAUUUACGAACAAAAGAAUCAGAGAUUAUCACUCUAUUGAACCACAAAUCUUCUAUAAUAUCUCACAAUUAAAAUAAAAAAUAGUUUAAAAGUAAGUGGAAGAAAAGAUAGAUAGUUUCUUAUUUGAGAAAACACAUAUUCCACUUUCAUAUGUUUAUGAGAAACCUAUACUAGUCAAUUUAUCUAUUAGUUUUUCUUAAUCGAGUUAUUCAUGCAAAUUUUGGUUAUUCAAGUCAAACGUUUCAAUUUUAUUAUAAACGUCUUCCAACAUUUUGAAUAGAGCAGCUAUUUAUUAAUCAUUCGUCUUAUAUACUUGUUUCAUCGUCGCACUUCAUAGUUCAUAUCUUGAAAAAGAGAAUGUUAGCUCAUAUAUAUUUCAAUAGUCUUUUUGGUUGAUUAAAUACCAUUUUCUUUACAACCGCAUGUAAUAAAUAUUUGUUGUAGGGUACUUGUCUGAAUCAUGCCUUUAUCGAGUCAAAGCUUUAUAUAGAAACAAAUGUGCUUCUCAAUCUUUGCUCUUCAUCUCACUUCAUUUGGUCUAUUUCCAAAUGUGACAUAAUAUUACAGAGAUAAACCCUUGAAAUAUAUACCUAAACCGGUCUCGAGAUGCGGUUAAAGCAUAUUCAUAAUCAAUAUAAGUAAAUUUAAUUAGCAAAAUAAGUAGGUUACCGGACCACAUCGGACCACAAGACGCACAACCAUACGGUGCUGUGCCCACUUUUCACAACAUUAUUAUCAGACCAAAGGAAUAUACAUAGAGAUUUGUUAUCACGAACUAACUAUACUCCUCUCUAGUCUUCCUUUCACUCUCUCGUUUGAUUAUAAUAUUACUCCUAUUAUUUUUUUUGGUGUUUUCUCUACCAACCUUUCUCUCUUAUAACAAACUUUCAAAUGGAAAUGUUUGAGAUUUUCUUGCAAAGAAAAAGGAAUCACUAGUGUUAUUAUUGUAUUGUUAUAUUUUUAAUUUAAUAAAUCUCUUAGUACAGAUUUGACGACUGUUUUUUUAUGCAUUUAUAUAAAAGAAAAUAUUUCAAUUUAGCGAUAUAAGUUGUACAUAUUACAGCAUACUGUAGGGGCAUAGUCGUAUUUUCCAAGGUCAAACAACGAGGAAGCUCCUUCCUUCAUCCAACGGUCUGUUAACUAUAGGGAAAUUUACAACCGCAAGUCAAAGGUUUAAAGAUGUUAUUAAAUUAAGUAGUUAUGGUUGUAUCUGUCGUUCUUCCUCCUGAUGAACCAGGCCGUUGAAGCACAACAGUACAGUGUGUACUACAAGCCUACAGAUUCGCUGUCUGUACAUCGAGUUGAUACAUUACUAGUUAUAUUUAAUAAUUGAGUGAGAUAAUAUUAAUAAGUAAAUUAUUGUAGGAAUUAAUCAGACACGCGCAGUUAUAAAAUAAUCUGUUUGAUUUUCUUUUCUUCUUCGAGCCCCUAUCUUUCUCUCACUCUUUCUUUAUAGGAACAACAAAAACAAAGCUGUUAAAAACAUCUCCUUAUUUCUCGAGAUUUCUUCUCUUUGUGCUCGUGUCGAAGACCACAAACUGUUUUAUUCUUUUUGUUCCGACAAGACUGUAAAAUGGAUAGACGUCGCAGGAAACAGAGCAAGGCCAAAGCGUCAUGUUCCGAAGAAGUGAGUAGCAUCGAGUGGGAAACUGUGAAGAUGUCGGAGGAAGAAGAAGAUCUCAUUUCUCGUAUGUAUAAACUCGUUGGAGACAGGUGGGAAUUGAUAGCCGGAAGGAUACCGGGACGGACACCGGAAGAAAUUGAAAGAUAUUGGCUUAUGAAACACGGAUUCGUUUUUGCCAGCAAACGAAGAGAAUUUGUUAGGAAAUGAUUUUUAAUGCAUUUUCCUCUCCUUAAUUCACAAGACAAGAAACAAAUGAGAAGUAGUAGUUGUCCUUUUUGAGUUACUAUUUUAGGAUGUAUAAUUAUCUAUAUAUAUAAAAACAGGACUGGUUAAGGUCGUAGCAUUUUAGUUGGUGAAAUGUAAUGUUCUUCUGGCAUUAAGCAUAGAUUAUGAGACUCUAGAUUAUGAGUGUAAUUUCAGGUUUAGAUUGAGUAUAAUUUUGCCGA